AUGACUGACAGAAAUACAAGUUUCAUUACAACCAUAGCUAAUGUGUAUCCUCUGGCUCAUCAUAGUUUUUGUAUAUGGCAUUUGUCCCAAAAUGUGAAAGGUUAUGCUCGUAACGUCAACAAAGGCGUUGUUGCAUGGAGAUUCAUGGAGUGUAGUAGGUUUUACACAGUGGCUGAAUUCAACAUUGCUUACGCUUCUUUUAUGACAAGAUAUCCUUCUGCUGCCAAGUAUCUUGAAGAAUCUACCCAGAAAGAAAGAUGGGCAAGAUGUGUUUUUCCAGGAGAUAGAUACAACCUAGACACAAGCAACUGUGUUGAAUCGUUGAACAACGUAUUUAAAGAUGCAAGGAGGUACUCCUUGAUACCCAUGCUUGAUGCAAUACUUCAAAAAUUCUCUGAAUGGUUUAAUGAACAUCGGAAAGAUGCUUUGUCUGGAUCAGUCGCAAAUAAAUUGGUGCCUUUAGUGGAGAACUACUUACAUGAUUUAUGGGCAACUGCUGAGAAACUAAAUGUGAUAGAGCUAAAUGGUUUCGAACUUGAAUACAAUGUCAUUGACAGUGACGGAAAGCCUUAUUUGGUGAAGUUGCGAUUGAGAAGUUGCAGUUGCAGGUUUUUUGAUAUACAAAAGUAUUCUUGUGUGCAUGCAUAG